UCAUGAUGGUUGUGAUCAUCCUCUCUGCGGUCCUGAUGUUGAUCUUUCAGUGCGCCGUCUCUGAUGUCGUAGAUGAUUUUGAUAAAUGCAGCGAGUUCUUCUUAGACAAUCAGCCUCCAGAGAUUCCUGGUGUUCUGGUAGAUUCAAAGUCAGCAGAUCAAAAUCAUUUCAAGUUAAUUUGUCAGGGUGCUAAAGACAAGUACACCUUCGCAACGUUUUAUAACACAACAUCCAGAAUCCCAGUGUUCUCAGCCUACACAUACAGUGGAAAAGGAAACUUCAACCGGGAUCAAGCAAAGAAACCCUGGUCAACUGAGCCUCAGCUUGACAACAGUGAGCAGGCCACUGAUGCUGAUUACCGUACAGACCCACCGAAUGUGAACCGCGGUCAUUUAUUUCCCGUCUGUCACGCAAAGGAUGUUCCCACAGCCAAAUCUACAUUCACCCUCACCAACGCUGUGCCACAGAAAGUGAGUUUUAAUGGCGGCAGCUGGGGUCGUAUGGAAACCUAUACAAAGCAGCUGAUGGAUUCACACUGCCUCGACAAUAAUAAUAAAGUGUUGGCGUAUGUGCUGACGGGGGCCGUACCUGGAACCAUAAACUUAAAUAACAGAGUGAAUAUUCCCAAGAUGAUGUGGACGGCGUUCUGCUGCUACAACAGUAAGAAUCAAUCCUGGUUCUCCAAAGCACACUGGGCCCCGAAUGUAGAUGAGAUUGUCAACCAGAGAACGAUUCCGACAGUGAGUCUGAUUAACUUACAUGAUCACCUGAAGAACACUUGGGGAGAAGGACUGAAACUCUUUAAUGACAAAUGUCUUACAGAUGAACCUGUGAAUACAAAUCUGCCCCCACCAGACACUGAGUGUGAAGAGGAGAAAUCAUUCUGUCAUCAAUCACGUCCUGUCAUAUUCUGUGAGAGGUCAUGUGACCACACUGAAUCUGUGCUCACAGAAAUAAGAAAGAUCUGUCAUUCAUGAAGUUCUACCUUCUGCCCUUUAAUUGUUUGUUUAUGAAAUAUUUGAUCUCAUUAAAAAUGAUUCUUUGUCCUGAUCAUCAGGAUGUUUCAUCACUUUCUUGCUUUAUCGCUGCAUUCUCUAGUAAAGAGGCACAUAAGAGGAAAUCAUGUUAUAAUCGCUCUCGUAUCUGCUAAACAAUCUCUAAAGUUUGUAUUGUUGCUUUGAAACUUGCAAUAAAUGAAUGAAAGA